UAACCACAACGGUAACUCUAGGUCCCUGUACUUCUCUUUCAAGUACCCAUCUCUUUGAUGGAUGCAUACUUGCAGUGUUCUAUAUAUCUUCACUGUAAUGGCUUAGCACUAUAUAGCUAGUAGCCAAUAAGCCCUUGUUUCAAGCUCUUCAUCACACACUUGUAAUUUAUUUCUCUUCUUCAACCUUCUCCUCCUCCUCUUCAUUUCCUUCUGCAAUGAAGGAUUCCACAAAACAAGUGUCCCAAAACAGCUCCAAGCGAAAUCAAGACCCAAACAAUUAUGAAAGUGACAAACAGGCUAAGAGAAGAGGAAAUGCCGGAAGGCACCCAUCAUACCGUGGAGUAAGGAUGCGUCAAUGGGGCAAAUGGGUGUCCGAAAUCCGGCAACCAAAGAAGAAGUCAAGAAUUUGGCUAGGAACUUUCUCAACACCAGAAAUGGCGGCUCGAGCGCACGAUGUAGCUGCCCUUACAAUUAAAGGUCAUUCAGCUCACCUUAAUUUUCCCGAACUCGCUCAUGAAUUUCCACGUGCAGCUAGUUCAUCUCCCAAAGAUAUUCAAGCUGCCGCUGCCCUAGCAGCUACCUUGAGCUGCAAGACAGGUCAAAAGGGCCGUGAAACUGAAGCUGAAGCCGAGCUGAUGCUUCCUCGCUCCCUGGAUAGUACUUUGGCAUCUAAUGAGACGCAGGAGUAUUCAUUAAGCUCACCAUUAAGAGAUGAUGAUGAUGACACGUUUAUCGAUUUGCCAGACAUUUUGCAAGACAUAAGUCAUCAAUUUGAUGAGUUUUGUUACUUGUCACCAUGGCAGCCGGUUGGGACCGAGACAUCAGAUGUUGGAUUUUGGCACCGCGAGGAGCCUUCUUUGUGGGAAUACCAAUCAAGUAGAAACAUUUAUUAAACCGACAAGUUAGUAUACUGUUUUUCUGUGCUCAAUUUCUCCGAAAGACACAGAAAAAUCAGUAAAUCAAAGUUUGAGUAUGUAGGUUUGGUUUUGACAGAUACUGUAGAACCUCUGUGUGUGUGUGUGUGUGUGUAGCAGCGCCUUAAUUAUUCCCUUUCAAUCUACAUGAAGCUUGUAUAAGAAGGAGAUGAAUGGCAAAGCUUAAUAAUCUCUAUAAAUAAUAAAGUAAUCAUGAAUUGCAUAUUAAUUUUA